UGUCCCUCCUGAGUGUCAGCUUCCUACACUCUACCACCGAGCAUAUACGCUAGUAUAGCACCGGGGGAUGGAGUAAAGGGAGGAAAAGCAUGGAUGCCACCGAAGAAAAGCCGAGCAAAGCGGUCGACAUUUAUCGCGAUACGUGGGUCCGCUUCCUUGGCUAUGCCAAUGAGGUCGGGGAGGCCUUUCGUGCUCUGGUGCCAGUGAGUUUGGUCUGGGGCAGCUAUGCUGUGGCCACUGCGUACGUUACUGCUGAUGCUGUGGACAAAGGGAAGAAGGCAGCUGUGGCCCACGGGGACAACCCAGGGAAGACGACACGGGUAGCGGUAGCAGUGGUGGACACGUUUGUGUGGCAAGCCCUCGCCUCUGUGAUCAUCCCAGGCUUCACCAUUAACCGUGUGUGCGCCGCGUCACUCUACCUGCUGGGCAGAACUACAAAGUGGCCUCUGCCUGUCCGCAAGUGGACCACUACAGCUAUCGGCCUCUCCACCAUCCCCUUCAUCAUCACUCCUAUAGACAGGUCAGUGGAUUUCCUGCUUGACUCGAGCCUUCGGAAAGUCUACAAUGAGGGAGAGAAGCACGAAUGAAGAGGGACCAUGCUGGACACUGUCCCCUCCUGGGUAGAGAGGAGUCCAGUCUACGUAGACCUGUGCUGUUUAUCCACCACUGUGAAGCACUAAACAUGCGUACAGAAGGAUUUCAUGCAGCAAGAUUUCACAGUUAGUCAAAGACACGCAUAAUACAAUUAUUUUAUAUCUAAAUAAUAAAAUGUUUAAUGGUAGGUUUAGUUGGUAAAAGUGAAAUCCUGCUUUGUGAAAUAUCCCCUUGGGGAUCCUUAACUUUAACCUCUCAGGGCAAUCUGGGUAGCAACACCAAAAAAAUAGUUUAAAUAGGAAUGUAAAAGUUUGAAAACUGUUUCGCUGCUUUGUAAAGUAGUCUUCAGCAGGGAUACAGUCUACUGUUACAUUCUAGUGAUAGUGAGUACAAAGAAAGCCUCCAGGGUUGCCCUCAUGGGGGUAGAGUUGUGAGCCAUUUCUCUGGCCUGCAGAGCCUCACCUCAUUUCUAGAGAUUAAUUCCAAAUCAGCCAUAUUCAGUGGUACUGUACAGGCUAAAGAGCCAGUUUGCCAUGAUGUCCCACUAAUUCAUUACUUUGUCUUAGACUGUUUUUUUUUUUUUUUGCUUUUGUCUGAAAACAAAAAUAUCUGUUACUUACUACUGGAAAAGCUGUUUCAGGAGCGUCUAAUGCACUUUUCCAUUGUUUCAGUCUACCUUACUGUUGGUCAUUGGAGCCAGGAUUUGCAGCGAGAGCAUUUUAUACAUCCUAGCUGCAAUCUGUAUGAUUCUACCUACACUAUACUGUAUAGUGUGGUACAUAGCAUUUUAAUGAUUUCUCACCAGUAUCAAAACUGUUGGUUACGGAGUUUGUAGUCAGAUAUUAUUAGUUUACAAUACUGUAACACCUGUAAAUAUUAGACACAACAAGCUGUCCAUCCCACUUGGCUUUAGAUUAUUGAGACAGUACAGCGCUUCUCAAGUACCUGUGAAGGUCAGUGUGUCUAUGCAGGGAAUGGUUUAAGGGAUUCAUUUAGAAAUAAACAGUUACUGUCUGUGUAUUAUUGCCAAGGCGUUUCUUUGAGAAGCCAAGUUAUAUACUGUAUCUCAUGCUAAACUAUGCAAGGGAAAUUAGGCAUUGUGUACAUACAUGAGCUUUGCAAAUUACAGGGAAAGGGUAUAUGUGGUUACAUAAUGUUAAAUAUUCUAAAUAAAAAAUAUUGAAAAAUUAAAAAAAAAAAGUGACACCUGAUACAAAAUGUAGCUUUGGCUUCAGAUGAGCUGUCACUUUAAGACAAAUAAAACAACAUACUAUACUGGGAAUGGUUAUCAUUGCCAGUCUGUUUGUCAGUAUACACCAGUGUACCAUUUUAGAAUAACUUGUGUUUAAUGUGUCACACCAUAUUCUCUUUGCUAUGAAGGAUGUGGUUGACUUUGUCAUGGAGGGAGAUAUGCUGAAAGGGAAGAUUGUGAAAACUUGGGAUGCACCAAUUACCAUGUUUUUACAUGCUGGUACCGAUGCAGCCUAUUCAAUAGUAUUUGAUAAACAGAUCGGGUCACGAGGCCAUUUAAACCGUGAAUUCUUUCUAUUGGCUUGUUAAAUGAUUGAAGCAUGUGUGCUCAGGGCUCCAGUGUGUGUAGUAUUGGAUAUUUUCAUCCACAUAAGCACAGACUUUUACCUUUACGUAAAUAUAAGGGAAUAAACCUUUUUCAUGUCAGACCAUUUGAUUUGUCAGAGCAGGAAAAGCACAUUUGUAUAUAAUAAAGCUCAAGUAUUGACACCCCAAUUGAUUAUUAAUUAUAAAUUACACCUUUUUUUCCUGCUAUGACAUGUCUGCACCGAAAAAAAAGCUUAUUCGUGCAUCUCUAGUGAAAAUCUACAUGCAUCUCUAGUGAAAAUCUACAUUUUCUAUACAGUAUAUAUAUAUAUAUAUAUAUAUAUACUAUAUAUACACACACACACAUAUAUAUAUAUAUGUGUGUAUUUAUGUUCAAUUUUAACAUUUCAGAUUUGACACAUAACUUCACUGUGUUUUUAUCAUCACGUGCUGCAAAAGAAAAGGAAUGGUUUACCUACUUGAACAUUUCUUUGAUGUUUUCUUUAGCGGCAGUGUGUUUGGAAGUGGGUUCUAUGAGUCACAUUUUCAGCCUUAACUGAAUAAAAAACUUUGUUCUGUUCUGUCUGAAGUUCACAAGGAGGAGAUAAUUUUUCAUGUGAAAGUAACUGUUGAAAGCUGAAGCUCCAUUCAUUACAAUGGACAGUGAAUAUUCAAUGAUCCUCUUAUUCUGUAAUAACUUCUGAAACACUGGAGAAAGAAAGAUCUGUAGUGAAAUAAAUUAUAUGAUGACAGAAA